UAAACUCGUACGUCUACCAUCAUGCAGUCGGCUGCUUUCGCGUUCGACUGCUUCACGCAGCGGCCGUGAAACGCGCGUGGCUACACGCGGGCGCGCACAAACGGUAGCAGCAGGCGCCGAGCGCAAGUGAGCCUGACAACGCAGGCAGAGGCAAAUGACGCACAGGCAGACACACGUACGCGGACGAAGGGUCGGCCGUUCAGGCGUGGACACCUCCGUGUUCAACUUGACGCCUGCACAACGCGCGGGGAGUCGAUGCAUGAAGAGCCGAGGAAGUGGAGCCCAGGUCCGCAGCCUCGGCUCGCACUGCCAAUGCGCGAGUGCGUGCGUGCGCCGGCGUCCCCGCACCCUUGGACACCUGACAAGCAGGGAUGCCGAGAAUAGCGUCACCACCGGCGGCAGCCUUGGCCGAUGCUCGUCCCGGUGAUGCCCGCCCGGCAUUAGCUCCUGCCCGCCUUCCACUCCUGGCUCCGGGUCGACGUCGAGGGCCUCCUGCUAAAAGUUUGCAGAAGCACGAGGAGGCAUGGACGAGCCGGAGGAGGUGGUGCAGGCAGCAGCGGCUUCGUCGUACCUGGACGAACUCGUUCCGUACUUGGUGCUGCUGGGGAACACGCUGCUUUUCGCCGUGGUUCGCCGGCUGGCGGCCAGGCUGUCUCCGCUCAAGUGGCGCCUGGCGAUCUCCGAGGCCAUCAGCACAUGGGAGCUGUGCAGCGACGUCGCGGAACUAGGCAUCGUGUACGAGCGCCACGGCGUGUGGGUGUACGCGCUGGCUCUGCUCGCGUGCUGCGUGUGGUGGUGCCGGGCGUUCGGUGACGCCGAGGCGUGCCCGUGCGGCCCCGUCGAGGACAUGCUGUUCGCCAUCGGACCCGGAGACUACCGCGCCCGGUUGCUGGGUCAAGCACUGGGUGGACUGCUCACCGCUCAGUACAUAACGUUCAUCUGGUCCUGGCAUCUGAUUCCUGAGCACAAGACCAUGGCGACAACGGAAUGCCAGACCUCGCUCAUGGUCAGCCCGACCAAAGGCGCACUUAUCGAAGGCGCGAUCACGUGCGUCAGUCGAUUCGUGGCCAUGCGAUCCGUCUACUGGACAGACAACGUGGCCACUGCUAUCAACUCCAUCACUACGGUCAUUCUAGUGCUGGCAGCCCUGACGACAACAGGCGGCUACUUCAACCCCAUCAUGGCAUCGGCGCUUAUGCUCGGCUGUGCCGGAAGCACGACUACCGAGCACUUCACAGUCUACUGGGCGGGGGCCCUCAUGGGCGGCUUCAUUGGGCGUUACCUUGACAUCCGGCUAGAGUACGCCAUCAAGGAGAAAUAUGCCUAGACUACAUCGUCUCCCAUAGUGUGUGUGACCGACUUUUUACCAUUCAUCACAUUGCCCGACAGGUAUUACGUCCCGCAUUUUCAUUUUGUCCUUGUGGGAACCAUUUGGAACUGUGAACAUGACAAAAGCAGCACGCUUUUGUUCGCAUCUUAGUACAAAAGUGUUGUAAAACUUCCUACAGCACUUUAAGCAUCUAUUGGAGACCUAAGGCAAACAAAGAUUUUUGUACAUGAUGCACAGGCUACAGGCUACCAUGCCACAGUUAGUGCAAAGAGAGACCUUUACUAUGUUUAAGCUAGACAGUUUGAGUCUACUAUAGCUUCAGUGGGCCCAAACAACUAAGAAUGGCAGCGCACUGUUUUUCAUACGUCUGUCUAGUAUCCACAUAAUACACACCAUUAAGGAUUUUAGGUGUCACAACAUUCAUCUGAUUAAGAGGCACGCAGUAGGGCGAAAGGGGGGGGGGGGGGCCCUCCA